AUGGCCGCCGCUACUCAUGGAGGUGCUAUUUCCAAGCGGAGAAAGUUCGUCGCAGACGGCGUGUUCUACGCCGAGCUGAACGAGUUCUUCCAGCGCGAGCUGGCCGAGGAGGGCUACUCCGGCGUCGAAGUCCGCGUCACACCCACCGUCACCGACAUCAUCAUCCGCGCAACACACACACAAGAGGUCCUCGGCGAGCAGGGCCGCCGCAUCAGGGAACUCACCUCCCUCAUCCAGAAGCGCUUCAAAUUCCCCGAGAACUCCGUCUCCCUCUAUGCCGCCAAGGUCCAGAACCGCGGUCUGUCCGCCGUCGCCCAGUGCGAGUCUCUGCGGUACAAGCUGCUCAACGGUCUGGCUGUGAGGAGGGCAUGCUAUGGUGUGCUACGAUUCAUCAUGGAGAGCGGCGCCAAGGGUUGCGAGGUUGUGGUCAGCGGCAAGCUGAGGGCUGCCCGUGCCAAGAGCAUGAAGUUCACAGACGGUUUCAUGAUCCACUCCGGCCAGCCGGCAAAGGACUUCAUCGACUCGGCGACGCGUCACGUGCUGCUGCGCCAGGGUGUGUUGGGUAUCAAGGUCAAGAUCAUGCGCGGUUCGGAUCCGGAGGGCAAGGCUGGCCCGCAGAAGACGCUGCCAGACACUGUUACCAUCAUCGAGCCGAAGGAGGAGCAGCCCGUUGUCCAGCCCAUGAGCCAGGACUACGGCGCCAAGGCGUUGGCUGCUCAGCAGGCGGCAGAGCAGCAGAGGCAGGCGGAACAGCAGGAACAGCAGGGCGACGAGGCUCCUGCGCAGGAGAGCUACGAUCAGGAGUAG